AUGCCUGCCACUGGACUUCCAGCCUCCCGUGCACCUGCGCGGGUGGGGCUUGGCCUGGCGGGGCCUCCAGCAGGGCGGGUCUCCCACUGCGCGGCUAAAAGCGCGGCAUUCCAUGGCACUUCCCCUGAUGCCGCAGAGGAGGACGCGGUUCUGCUGCACCAUGCGCUGCAUUUUGGGACGAAGCGGUGGAGAGAGCUGAAGAGGAGGGGUCAGCUCAAGAGGAGCAACAAGUCGUGCUGUAACCGUUACAUCUUUCUUAGAAGGAAGUUCACUCAGCACUUUCAGCAGAAUCUUCUGAGAAAGCACCUGGAAGAUGCUGAAUUCCCCGGAAACGUUCCCGUAAAGGGCCUCGAUCAACUGUUGCCCUGUCUGGAUGGCAAGCAGCAGCAGCAGCAGCAGCAUUCGGAUGGCAUUGGUUCAACUGCUCUGGCAUUCGGUGGGCUGUCGUUUGACGAGUGCAGCAUCGUCUUCCUCUCACCCAAUGCCUCCUGCUGCCACCCAGCAGCUCCAGCGUACCCCUCAUCUGCAGUCAGCCCCGCCCCUGCUUCCCAAGCCGCCACCUUCUCCGCUUCUUCCACUGCCUCUGAUUUUCCGUUCCCAUGUGAUGCCUCCUUCCCCGUUGCUGCUGCCUCCAAUGCCACUGUUCUGAGCCUCCCAGUGAAGCGAGCAAGAGAGGAUUGCCCUGGGCUUGGGGCAGACCAAGUGGGGCUGGGUGGAGGUGGAGGUGAGAGCGGGGUGGUGCGCAGCAGGAAUUGGCAGGCUCAGUCGGUGGCAGAGCAGUUCCAGCAGCAGGGGGCGAGCAGCCGCGUGCAGGACGAGGAGGGAGCCCUUGUGGAUGCUCUGCUGCUGGAGGAGCAUCAGCAGAUGCACGAAGGAGAAGGGAGGAGGCGAGUGCAAUCAGCCCUGUGGCCACGUAUGGAGUGGGAGAGCGCCCUUCCAGAUGAUGUGCUGCUGGGGGUCAGCAGCCUCGAUGCUGGCUUCACCGCACCGCAUGCACCAAUGCCAGUGCCGCUGCCCACCGCUGCGCUGGCUGGUUCCGUCCCUGGGCGGAUGGGCAGCAGCACUGGAGGGACGCUCGUUGUGAGUAGUUGCACCCAACCAGAGCUGGACACGUGCAGCGUGGCGCAUGAUAAUGUUGCUCUUUUUUUCGACACGCCCCUGGAUCCCCUGUUGCUGCCUGGACACGCCCCUACUGUCCCCCAGUUACCACACUGGCAGCCCUGCCGUGUGCCCUGGGCGGGUGGGCCCCAGGGACGGGUGCUGCCAGGCACAGCUGGUGGUGGGGUAGCGCUGGCAGAGUGGGCGUUGGAGCAGCGAAACAGCAGGGAGGGAGGUGCUCAAGCGCACCGGGGUCAUGGGCACCUACAGCCGCUGCCACAACCCCUGCCACAGCCACAGCCUCUGUCCCAGCCACAGCCACUGUCACAGCCACUGUCACAGCCACAGUCACAGCCUCAGUCACAGCCACUGUUCCAGGCGCCCCUACGGUCAGCCCUUUCUCACCAACCAGGGGCCCCCGGCUUCACCGGUGCACUGUCCACGCCCUCGAACCCAAGGGGCUUGCACACGCAAGCUCCCAUGCAGCCCCACCAUGCCUUGCUGCAGGAGCCCUUGGCCACCGGUGCUUUACCAGCUCUCAAGAACCUGGCGUUACGUCGGCCUGACAUAGCCAAUGCUCUGGAAGGUGGUGGGGCUGCCUUGCAUGCCACAGUUGGCCAUGGGCUCAACUCGGAUGUCCACGCCUUGGAUAAUUUUCACGCGCUUGGAGGAACAACCGAGUUGAAGUUUGGAAAUAACUGGAAUGGGGCCAUGGUUGACCACAUCAAGGAAACGCAUGAAUCGUUUAAUUUCCCAGAAUUGGAUUCGAGCCAUUCUCAACGCUUUCAUUGCUUCCGCUUCACGUUGAAUGGGGAGGAGGACGCGGUGCUGCCGCGCCACGUGCUGCAGUGCGGCACGAAGCAGUGGGGCGAGCUGGGGAGGAACAGCAAGUCCGCAUCUGGGGUUCUCCCGUCUCAGGCGGCACUGCUCUGCUCCCCCAAGGCAUAUAUUUCUGCAAAGUCAGGCGCUACAGCAGUAGCAGGAGGAGGAGGAGGAGGAGGAGGAGGAGGAGGAGGAGGAGGAGGAGGAGGAGGAGGAGGAGGAGGAGGAGGAGGAGGAGGAGGAUGA